CAACAACAUCCAUUUGCUAGUUGGCGCAUAAAGAUAGCAUGCUGACCAGAUCAGACGCUAUUCGAUAAUGUUCCUCAGAACAGGAGUCUGGAGCUUCUCGGCUAGUCUACGAUUCAAUCGGACACACAAGACAGUAGCGAUCGGUGCCUCCUCGUUUCGUUCCCCUAGAGUCAUAAUGCCUUCGCUGUGGGAUACCAUUACAUCUUCGCUCAAAUCAUUCUCUACCAUGCCGCAAAGAGCCGCGCUGGAGAAGCCACGGGCCCUGCCAACGAGUGGCUACACCACUGUCGAUGCCGAUACGCUGGUUGAAGAGGAGGAGUUGCCUGAUUAUCAAGCCGACCGAUUUUAUCCCGUUCAACUGGGCGAGCUUUUUCAAGAUCGCUAUCAAUUUGUGGCAAAGCUAGGGUUUGGUUCUUCGUCGACCACUUGGCUGGCCCGAGACCUGAGGGAUCACCAAUAUGUCGCACUUAAAGUAUACGCCCAUACCUCGCUUCGUCAUCGGGAAUUGCCUGUUUAUGACCGUAUAAAUAGCCGUAUGGCCGAAAUGUCAUACAAAGGGCGAGGAAUAAACAACAUUCGAAAGCUGCUAGACUCUUUCGAGGUGACUGGUCCGCAUGGCAAGCAUGCUGUUCUCGUCUUCGAGCCCGCGCAAAUGAGUUUGCGUGAUAUGAGAUUUGUUUUUCGUCGAGAAGGAUUCGAGGAGGAAUUUGUCAAGGGCGCCAUUAUUGAGCUUCUCAAGGCCCUGGACUUUUUGCAUUCCCACGGAGAGAUUGUUCAUACUGACGUACACUCCGGCAACAUGCUACUUGGUCUUUACGACAAUAAUCUUCUACGUCGACUGGAAGACAAGGAGAUGGCGUCCCCUGUUACUCGAAAGAUCUAUCCCGAUCGAACUAUCUAUCUGUCACGGUUAACACUACCGAAGGAAGGACCUAUGCUUCUCUCUGACUUUGGAGAAGCGAGAAUCGGACCGGGCCCUCACGCAGGCGAUAUAAUGCCAUUGGAGUACCGGGCGCCUGAAACACUGCUUUAUGUGGGAUGGAGUUACCCUGUUGAUAUAUGGAGUGUUGGUCUUACAGCAUGGGACAUGCUUGGAUCGAAAAGACUCUUCACCGCGCGUGACGAAGACGGCGAUCUGUACGAUGCCGCUCAUCUGGCCCAGCUGAUUGCUGCACUGGGCCCACCGCCCCCUGAGUUCCUGGCUAGGAACCCGGAGAGACGGGCGGACUUUUGGAAUGAUCGGAAUGAGUGGUUGGGUCUGGCACCUAUACCGCAUGACCGGACAAUCGAAUCCCUUGAAGCUAAACUGGAUGAUAACUCGGGCUUUCUUCGCUUCCUUCGGAAGACUCUUACUUGGGAACCGGAGAAGAGGGCGACGGCUAAGGAACUUUUGGAGGAUCCUUGGCUCACGGGGAGGGAGGGUUGAGUGAGUUUGCAAAGUUCCUGCGCUACCUUAUCUUGGAAGAGUCUGCUUGCUUUGGUGCAUUCGCGUCAUGCAUUAACUUUGGACUUGAAAUAUACUCGAGGCUCUUGAUUGCAUGCACGAGGGACAGACUGUUUAAGGGUAUCAUUCCUGCUGCAGUAGUGUUAUUGAGAUAGGCAACCAACUAGCUUGCUUGCACAGGCGAACAUACCUUGUAAUACCUAAUAGAAUG